AUGCCUCUCUCCAGUCUGCUCUGGGUGUUCCUGGCCUUCACCUUCUCUGGAUCUGGUGUGGCCCAGAAAGUUACUCAAUAUCAGCCAGACAUAAUCAGUCAAGUGCAGAAUGUAGUCACCCUGAACUGUCGGUAUGAAACAAGUUGGAACGUGUACACCUACUGGAUAUUUUGGUACAAGCAGCUUCCCAGUGGAGAGAUGACUUACCUCAUUCAUCAGUAUUCAGAAGAUGGGAAUGAAAGGGACGGCCGCUACUCUGUAAACUUCCGGAAAGCACAUAAAUUCAUCAGCCUCACCAUUUCAUCCUUAAAGCUGGAACAUUCUGGAGAAUACUUCUGUGCUCUCUGGGAACUCACAGUGCUUGAAAUAAUAGGAAAAGCUGAACAAAAACCCCAGAGCUUAAUAAGAGAGAGCCUCCCUGCUGUGGGACUCAGGUUGAAAUGCACAGCUGCAGACCCCAGACAAGAAAUAGUAGUCCUGUGGUUCCUUAAUCUGUGA